AUGCCACUGUCAGUUGGAAAUACCAGUGGAGCAACAUUCACUCUUUUGGGCUUCUCAGAUUACCCAGAACUGCAAGUCCCCCUCUUCUUGAUAUUUAUCACCAUUUACAGUGUCACUGUGGUGGGUAAUAUCGGCAUGAUCCUCAUAAUCAGAAUUAACCCCAAACUGCACACCCCCAUGUACUUCUUCCUCAGCCACCUCUCCUUUGUGGAUUUCUGCUACUCCUCCAUUGUUGUUCCUAAGAUGCUGGUGAACCUAGUUGUAAAUGACAGAACCAUUUCAUUCAUAGGAUGUGUGGUACAAUUCUUUUUCUUCUGUACAUUUGUGGUAACUGAAUCUUUUUUAUUAGGGGUGAUGGCGUAUGACCGGUUCGUGGCCAUCUGCAACCCCCUUCUCUACUCAAUGGCAAUGUCCCAGAGGCUCUGUGCCAUGCUGGUAGGGGGAUCCUAUACUUGGGGUGUUACAUGUUCAUUGAUCCUCACAUGCUCUUCUCUAAAUUUAUCUUUUUAUGGCUUCAACAUGAUCAAUCACUUUUUCUGUGAGUUUUCCUCACUCCUCGCACUUUCAUGCUCUGACACACAUGUCAAUCAAAUGUUGCUUUUCAUUUUUGCCACUUUUAAUGAAGUUAGCACACUUCUCAUCAUUCUCUUGUCCUACCUGUUCAUUGUUGUUACCAUUCUGAGGAUGAAUUCAGCCAGUGGACGCCGCAAAGCCUUCUCCACCUGUGCUUCCCACCUGACCGCCAUCACCAUCUUCCAUGGAACCAUUCUCUUCCUCUACUGUGUGCCCAACUCCAAGAACUCCGGACACACUGUCAAAGUGGCCUCUGUGUUUUACACAGUGGUGAUCCCCAUGCUAAAUCCCCUCAUCUACAGUCUGAGAAAUAAAGAUGUCAAGGACACAGUCAGAAAAUUAGUAGACACUAAAGUCUUUUCUUCUUAA